AUGAACUCGUCCAUGUUGAUGUCACUGUCGAUCUCAAUAGCGUUUGGCGUUGCGGCUGUCAAUUCGGCCGAACGUCCUAGUGUAGGCGGCUCUGGCAACGAGCCACUAACGUCCUCCAUCCGUGGCAGCGGUGUGGAAGCGUCAAGCGGGCUAGCUUCCGUGGUCUGUACGUAUGCAUUCAAAUUGGCAACGGUGGGGCUAUUGGCGAUGGUCAAAUUGUACAGAUGCGAGUCAAAUCUGUUGUGGUCCUGCUGCGUGCCCGCCGAUGGAGGUCCGGAAUCGCCCUCCGCUUCCAACGAAGGCAACGACGAAGACGAUUGGCCAGAGGACGUUGCGCGAGCGGAAUUAUUAUAA